GGAGUGUGUGAUGAUAUAGGCAGCAGCUACUGGCCGACAGCAACUUUCUCGUUCGAUCAUUGAAACAACUGUCCACGUCCAUGCCCAGCCAUGACGGCGGCGAGCUGCGACACGUCAUGAUUGCUGGAAUUGCGAGACGGUCGUGGCGAGCGCCGUCGCGAUAUGCUAGCUAAAACUUCACGUGUCUUCGAAGCUACAUUUCGUGCUGACAACAACACAAAGUCUUCCUCUCACCAAAAGAACGGAUUUUGGUCGAAUUGACGAGGGGUUUUCGCCGCGUCUGUCGCGUCCAUGGCGUCCGCAACAGAGCUCGCUCGCCAGUGGCUUGAGCAAGACAAAGACCACGAAACAAGAAGCCAAAUUGAGGAACUGCUCACGAAAGAUGACCAGAUCGAACUAGAACUCCGACUACGAAAGCGAAUAGCAUUUGGAACUGCCGGUCUACGAUCUUCCAUGAAAGCUGGCUUCGCCCACAUGAACUCAUUGACUGUACUCCAAGCAUCCCAAGGACUUGCGGACUAUGUCAUCGAGCAACAAACUCCUCGUCCUCCUCAAGAGCUGGCCAUUGCUGUAGGAUACGAUGCAAGGUACAACUCGGAGAAAUUUGCCCGACUGGCUGCUGCUACCUUCCUUGAGAAAGGCAUGAAAGUUCUAUGGUUCGGCCAGAUCUGUCACACGCCGAUGGUCCCGUUUGCAGUCAUGAAUUACAAGGCGGUGGCUGGUGUUAUGGUCACUGCCAGUCACAACCCGAAGAACGAUAAUGGCUACAAGGUGUACUGGGGCAAUGGUAGCCAAAUCAUCCCGCCUCAUGAUGCCGGGAUUGCCAAAGCUAUCGAUAACGUCAAGCAGAUCUUGACAUGGGAUACGAAACUGGUCGAUAGCCACGAGCGUGUGCAAAAUGUGUUUUCCGAGACUGCAAAGUCAUAUCUCGACCAUAUUCGCGAGCUCGUCUGGCCACUUCCAUCUGUCGAGCAAGCCAUGCCUUUCACAUACACGGCAAUGCAUGGCGUUGGACUGACCAUGAUGAAGCAAAUCGCUUACAUGCUCUGGUUCCGAGGACACUUCAUGCGAGAAGUAAAGGCACAAGCAGAGCCCGAUCCAGAAUUUCCAACGGUGCCAUUCCCCAAUCCAGAAGAGAAAGGCGCGCUCGAUCUGGCGAUUCAAGAAGCCAACAGAAAUGAUACCGACAUCAUCAUCGCGAAUGACCCAGACGCUCAUCGAUUCUCCUUUGCACAGCGGGUUUCGAAAGGCGUAUACCACCAAUUCACAGGAAACCAAAUCGGCAUCCUCUUCGCUUCCCACAUUUUCGAAACCUACAAAGGCGACAAAUCAAAACUAGCAAUGCUCGCCUCAACAGUCUCAUCCCGCAUGCUAGCAAGCAUGGCCGCCAAAGAAGGCUUCCACUUCCAAGACACCUUAACCGGCUUCAAAUGGCUCGGCAACGUCGCACAAGACCUACAAAACCAAGGCUACGACCCCGCUUUCGCGUUCGAAGAAGCCAUCGGGUUCAUGUUUCCCACCGUCGUCUGGGAUAAAGACGGCAUAGCAGCUGCAGCAGUCUUCCUCACUGCGUGGCAAAGAUGGAAAAAACAAGGCAUGACACCUUGGCAGAAACUUCAGAAAUUGUAUCAGACGUAUGGUUAUUUUGAGGAUGCGAACACUUAUCUAAUCUCGCCUGCGCCGGAAAUUACGAAUCGGGCUUUUGAUGAUAUUCGGAAGUUGAAUGCUGGGUCUCGGCCGACGAAGCUUGGGAAGCGUGAGAUUCUGCGAUGGAGGGAUUUGACGAUUGGUUAUGAUAGUGGGACCCCAGACAACAAGCCGAUUCUGCCAGUAGAUGCUAGUGCGCAGAUGAUUACAUGUGAAUUGGAGAAUGUGGUGUUCACUGUGAGAGGAUCUGGGACGGAGCCGAAGAUUAAGUUAUACAUUGAAGGAAAAAGUAACAGUUCGGAGCAGGCCAAGAAGCUGGCGCAGGAAGUGCUGCAGGAUCUGUUGGUGGAGUGGUUCAAGCCGGAGGUCUACGGGUUGAAGUUGGCUGGGACAUAAUGCGGAGCUAAAGCCAUCAAACUUGCGGCACGAUGAAGUUCAAGAAGUAUCAGAACAAUGGAUGCAGAAAGCACUGUAAAUUCGUCAACCGAUUUGCAUUUGGUGCCCAAGACCAUUACGGUAUUGUCGCUUUGCCAAAUGGGACAAAGAACCGUGAUACCGCAAGCUAUCUGGUCAUUGUGUAUCGAUCUCCAGAACAAUGGCGUUACGGAGUUUGGUGCUCUUCCAACCUGGCUUCUGUGCAAAGC